CCGGAAUUGCGAAAGACGCGGCUACCAACGGCUUUAGUGAUGACCGGACGCUGUGAUGUGUGAAGCAUUCUUUUCGUCAGAAAACUUCUUACUGAGCAAGACACUGUCCCAUUAAGAGCCAGCGAUGAUGACGUAAUUGGGUUCUCCUCUUGAAUCAAGCGACCGUUGAUUUCACUUGGACAACUGGCAAGAAAAGGCCAAGAAGUCGUUCUGGAGAAUACUAUCGCAGUAUUCUUUAGUUUGACCAACUCAGCAUCCUAAUGGGUGGUAACUUCAUCACACAGUCUGAAUCACAAGACGUAUCGAACACGAGAGACAACAUGGGGAUCGAUCACAAACUCGCAUCAUCGGACCUGGCACCAAGCGCCUACAUGAGCUCCAAUUAUCCAGACCUGAACUUUUCGGCAUGGGACAACUCGGACUACUCGUCCUUCUCUCCGAAUAAAGAUUGCAUCGAGACGAACUAUAAUGUCUCCGAGGGUGUCAAGGUGUUCCUUACAGUGUCUUUCGUCCUGACCAUAGUCGUGUGCGGCAUUGGUAACUCCUUACUCUGUUUCCUGAUCGUAAGACAUAAGAGGCUCCGGAGCGUCACCAAUCUCUUGAUUGGUAACCUUGCAGGAUCGGACGCGUUGGUGGCGCUCUUCAGUGCACCCUUGUCACUGCACGCGUACUUGCAGCAGGACUGGACGUUGCCUUCCGUCCUGUGUCCCAUCGUCGGAACGGUCAAAAAUGUCUCGCUCUACGUGUCGGUCAACACACUCCUUGUGAUUGCGAUAGACAGAUACAUCGGUAUCUUCAGGCCGCUGCGUCCUCGGAUGAAGAAGACGACACUUGGCGUGAUCAUUGCUUUAAUCUGGAUUGUCUCAAUCUUGGUCACCUUACCCACACCUCUAAAGACCCGGGUCGUCAUGUUCCGGAACUGCCACACCGGCCAGAUACAGCACCAGUGCUUCGAGCUAUGGCACAACCUCCUGGCUGGCAAGAUCUACGUCUCCUUCAUCACAGCCUUCGAGUUCCUGAUACCGUUCUUCACCAUGGGGUCCAUCUACCUUCAGAUCGCCAUGCAGCUAUGGAUGCACCGGACGCCACCGGGCAACCAGACAGAGCGCCAUCGUGAGGUCACCUUUAUCCGCAAGCAGAAGACCAUCCCCAUGCUCAUCACUGUCGUCGUGGCCUUCUUCGUGUGCUGGGCUCCUUACUACGUCUACCAGCUCGCCGUCAACUUCGCCAUGGACGCACUCGAGAACUACUCCGGCCACCUGGCGCUCUUCUACGUGGUCGAGAGCAUCGCCAUGCUUAACGCGGUCAUCAGCACCAUCAUCUAUUUCUUGAUGAGCCCCAAUUUUAGGUCAGAGCUGACCAUUAUGGCCUCCAGCAUAUUUGGACGGAAGUGUGCCGGACGGUCCAGGACGAGUGACAUUGAUAAGGACAAGUUUAACAUGCCUAAUAACACUCACAGCAACAUCUCUCAAGGACGCAAUGGUUACAUUCAGGUCGGACUAGUCCGGAAGAGCUCAGACCAAACUGCCGAGGCUCGGUUCUAAAAGAGAGAGGACAAUCACAAUCUCGAUGCACCUUGUAAAAGGAGACACACAUGACUUUCAUUGUGACGUAGACUAAGACUUCAUAAUUUGCUACAGUAUAGACGAUGUAUUUGUUAUUUUGAUAACUUUUGAAGGGAGGAUUUAUUUAGAAUUGACGGUUGACGGAGAGAUGCGAAGAACGACACAACUUUUGAGGCGAGGAUACUUUGGUUCGAAAGAUAUUUUUACGAGGAGCGUUUUGUUUAUUACUCAGGAAUAUGCGAUAAUCCGUCAUCUUACUUGGGACCGAAACUGACAGAUGUUUGAUAUCGUGCUGGCAGAAAUUUAGUUUACGGAAACAUCAAGGUUUCUGUAAACAUGGCAGUUAAGAAGUCUGUCUAAGAAAAUUGCGUCUUUACUGAAAGGUCUAAAUUGAUUGCACUUGACCCCGAAACGAAAUUUUCACCGACGCUCCUUGAGAACGUCAUGCCCGUUGAACAUGUUGAGUCAAUGUGUUUGCGUUAAUCACCUACGCUAAUCAACCCUAUGAAGAUAAUUAGCACACGCUCAAUGCUUAUGACGCAGUGGUUGCAACGUUCAAUUUGAAUUCACUGCAUACACGAUUUUCUCUAACACCACGCGUCAAAGAUAGCGUUAGUCGCUGACGUAGCCUUGCGUCAGCGACUAACGCCUUGGUGCAACGGGCAUACGCAGUGGAUAGAUUUGAGCAGACAAAUUUUUAUUUAAAUUCUAAUAAAUGCCUGCAAGGGUGACAGGUUCACCUGCCAUGUUUCUAAUAUUUGUUGUGCCACAACACAAAAUAUUAUUGUACUAUUUAUAUUUAUGAAUGUUUAAUUAUACAGUUGCAAUGCCGUAAAUAUUUUUGCACUUUUAUAAAGCAAGAGAAUUGAUGAAUUGAGAAUGGAUUUAGGUAAAUAUCAUUUAAAAAUACCCAUUGGUUGAUACAAAAAAUAUCAGGCCCAUACCGACAUGAUGGCGCUAUGCAUAUUGACUGUGCAUGUAAAACUAUAAACGAGUAAUAUUUUAGUAUUUAUUAUUUAGUGCUAUAUUGAUCACUUUACUCAUUUGGAAUAUUAGAUUCAUCCUAAUAAACAAUUAUAUUUUAUAAUAAUACUGAUAAUCUCAUUCUGUCAGUAGAUCUUGUGGUUUGAUAAUGAAAUAUUACCUAAUUAGAUACAUUCAAUAAGAAGAUGGAUGGAAUUUUCGGAAUAAACAACUGAAUUGUAUUUUAACCCUUUGCUGACGGGAACCUGGUGGUCCCUGUGUUAAGCCUAUGGGACUUAUACAAUUCAGCAGUCAACGGGUUAACAGAUUGUCAAUCAUUUUUUUUUAAUUAUUCUUAUUUUGACCAAAACAAGCACAAUAACAGCACAGAAUUCGACACGGACUUAUAAAAUCUAUUUCAUGUUUAUAUGCAUGUAAACUGCAUUUGAAAUGUCGGAUUUAACAAUAGUUAAAAUUGACAUUUGCACUACAUGAACUACAUGGUUACGUGGAAAAAGGGUGAA